UGUGCUCCUCUCGCAUGCUUCAUCUCUGAUGGUUGCAGUAAUGCAGACAGACAUGGGAGAGACCGAAAACUCCGCUGUCCGACCCAAAGUCACCGAUGCCAAAGGCAUCCUGAAGCAAAACAGACAGUUCCUGGAUUACUUCUGGGACAUCGCGAAACCCGAGAGACAAAUCCGACUCAAAGCCAUAGAAGACCUGAUUAAUUACCUCAAGAACAGCGAGCAGGCAGAUGAGCUGAAGUACACACUGAAGAGACUAGUGGAUGGUCUUUCUCACACAAGAGAAGACGCUCGAUCAGGAUACAGUGUUGCUCUCGCUCAGCUGCUGAGUGUAUUUGAGGAGAUCUCACUGAAAUCCACACUGAACAGUGUAAAAGAAAAACACAACCUUCUGACCGCAUCAAAGAAACUGAUCAGAAAUGCAGUGUUUGGGAACUUCUUCGGGGUUCUUGCCCUCUCUCAGUCCACUCGUCUGCAUAAGGAGCCGCAGGUUAUGCUGGAGUGUGUCCAGCUCCUGCAGAGUCUGUCCGAGUACAGAGAGCACCUCAGAGACCUGCCCAGAAAAACCAUGGUGGAUAUUCUGUCAGAGACGUCGCAAGAUGUGUUCGAAGAGGUACUGUUCAGUGCUCUUCAGUCUGACCUGACGUCGGCCCUCAAGAGCCCUGAGCAGCUGGAGCUCCUCCUGGUGGCCCUGCAGAAGUUCCCCUCCGUCCUCAAACCCAAAAAACUCAAGAAGCUUCUGGGAACCACAGCAGUCAUUACCAAACAGAAUAUGCCCAGACUGGUGGAGGUUUUAAAGACUGCUGCCCGGUCUGUGAAGAAGGAGAACAUUCUGCCUGCGGUGGCGCUGGAUUUACUGCAGGUUUCUCUGCGAGAGGACAACUUUGAGAUGUUCUGGACUGAUGCCAUCAUUACGGGCAUGAUGUCGGAGAUGCCUGGACCCACACAUUAUCUGAGUUUCCGUCUGCUGGGAGCGUCUCUGCCGCUGCUGUCCAUUCCUCAGCUUCAGUUUGUGCUGUCCGGUGAUGUGAUGAGACAAUACGGUGAACACACGAUGUCUGCUCAGAUGCCAGACAGAUUUAAGUUUGCUCCAGAAAUGGCGGGGUAUGUCGGGGAGUUCAUGCAGAGCUGCACAGACCCUGAUAAACAGCUGGUCGUGGUGCUCGGCUUCACACAGCUCACUAACCAGGGUAAUCCUGUGGUCCCGUCCUACUGGAAGGCCCUGGAGAACAUGCAUCCGUCUGCGGUGCAGCGGUACGUGGACUGGCUGAUUGAGGCCUUCUGCAAACCCCAGCUGGAGAACUGCCUGGACUUCAGCACACGCAGACAGAAAGGAAACCAGGAGGCAGCAGUAGAGAGUGAGAGCUGUGUGUCCAGAUUUCGUAAAUGGAUCAUUCCUCGUCUCACUUUCAUUGUGGAAAACCAACAGACUAAAAAACAGGAGGCUCUUGUCAUGAAGGUGGUCAGGUUUAUUUUCUUCCACGCCUUCUUUGAGGUGAAAAAACCCACCUCAGAAAUCCCAGAAACCACACAGGCUCUAUCAGUACCCAUCAAUCAGCAAACACGUACCGCCGUCGUUUCAGGCUUCUACAGUCUCCUACAGGUCCUAAACUCAAUGAUGGUGUUGGGAGAAUCAGUGGAGGUGCAGGGGUUGAACUUCAGGAGGAUUGUGGGAGUUCAAGCAGACGGAAGCAUGUGGAUCUACAGUGUGUUUCAGUUCGCCUCCAUGCUGCUCAACCAGAACAAAUAUGUCAAGAGUCUUCAGAGCUUCAGUCCAGAGCAGAGACAGGGCUGGGACAGUGUGCUGGAGUCAGUGGAGGCUUUGAGAAAAAAGGCAAAGACAGCAUCCUCACCCGAACACACGGCCUUCCAGCAGCUGUUCCUGCUCAUUGGGAUCCAGAUGUUCACGUCUCCAGAAGAAAGUUUGGACCUGUUGAAGGAUUUGCAGACCUGCAUGGAGAAAGCUCAGGCUAAGAAAUCCAAAAAGAAGAAAGCAACUGAUGAGCCGCACUGGGUGGAGGUGAUUGUUGAGAUCCUGUUGUCUCUUGUGUCUCAGCCUAGUCGGCUGGUUCGCAGUGUGUGUAAAACUGUGUUUGGCCGCAUCUGUCCUCACCUCACACAAGCAGCCCUGAGCUCCAUCCUGAAUGUUUUGGACCCGAACAAGGAUGAGGAUGAAAGUGGUGUUGUGGUGACAGAUGACAAAAAGAGAAAGCUAAAAGAGGAGGAUGAUGAUGAUGAAGAAGAAGAUGAUGAUAAUGAUGAGGGUGAUGAUGAUGAUGAUGAUGAUGAUGAAGAGGGGGGCGAGGAGGGUGAAGAAAGCUCUGAUUCUUCAGAUGAUGAAGAGGAAGAUGAAGCCAUGGAGGAAGGACAAGAAGUGGAUCAGAACUUCCGGUUGGAGUUGAUGAAGGUUCUGCAGGGCCAGAAUGCUUUGGCCACUGAAGAGGACGGCAGCGAUGACGAGGAGCUGGAUGAUGCAGCCAUGAUGAAGCUGGACGGGAGCUUGGCUUCUCUCUUCCUGGAGCAGAGGAAAAAGAUCCAGGCCAAAAAAGAUGAGAAGGACAGACUGAACAAGGAAAAGGGUCUCGUCCGGGACUUCAAGAUUAAAGUUCUGGAUAUGGUGGAGGUGUUCCUGAGCAAACAGGGCUUCAGCCCUCUGGUUCUCGGGAUGGUGGAGCCGCUGCUGAGCGUGAUUGAGAACGGGAUGAGCUCUGAAAGCAGUCAGCCGGAGCAAGACUACCUGCGCAGGGUAGCAGACAUCUUCAGGAAUCGGCUCUGUCGUGGGAAGUUUUACUGCAAGGAAAUUGACGGCCGAGAGGCGGAACUUCAUGAAAUGCUGGAGCGUCUGAUUGGCCGAGCCCAGAAACUGACAGACUCAUCUGUGGCUUUGUACUACUUUAGUGCUGCUCUCUAUGUGCUGAAGGUGUUAAGAGGGUCUGUGGUCGAUCAGGAGUUAAGUACUAUGGGUAAAGUGGAGGUUGAGAGAGCGACGACAUGCUUAAAGAAUGCUUUGACGUCUUUUAUGACAAAGAGAAAAAGUCCUCUGACCGGAGCCAUGUUCAUUGACCUCUUCAACAGGUUCCCCGUGUUGUGUGUGAAUCUGAUGGACACGGCGUUGGAGAACAUUACAGCUGGACUGAGGGACCAUCAGCAGGGUCAGGCAUGUUUCAUUAUGCUCAAAGCUUUGCAAUGUAAACAUGUGAAGAACCUGAUGACUGGUGAACAGACCACUGAGCUUUAUAAGAAGGUUGUGGAUCAGCUCACUAAGAGUUUGGAGAAUGUGCAGUGUAAGAACAAAACAGCUCAUGAUAAAGUGGUCAAGGCGCUGGAGCUCUGUCUGCACGUCGUCAAAAUUGUUCUUAAUCAGAAGAUGCGAGUUAACCUGGAGCCCCUGCAGGAUGUUCUCGCAUCCAUGAACGCAGAAGGAUGCCUGGAAAAAACAGGAAAGCUGGAGGACACGUACUGGAGUGUCAUGAGAUUGUUUGGCGUUAUAAAACCAAAGAUGGAAAAGGUGAAGAUGGUCCCAGAGGCAGAGCAAACCGAAGAGACUACGAAAAAGAAAAAGGGUUUCCUUCCUGAGACCAAGAAACGCAAGAACCGCAAGAAGCCCACCAUACUGGAGGGCAAAGAGACGGAAACACCUGUGGAAAAAACACCUGAAGGAGCAUCAGGAGAGGGAAAGAAGAAGAAGAACAAGAAGAAAAACAAGAAAAGAAAACAGCAAGCAGGAGAAGAAACACAAGAUCAGCCCACACCUAAGAAAGCCAAAAUGCAGCAGCAGCAAAAACAAAAGAAGAAAAAGAAGAAGAAAGGAGCUGAUGGGGAAUAAUUGGACAAUAUUAAAUGAUAACUGUAUGUUCAGCGCAAGACUG